CGCAUGCGCAGUAACGGCGCGGGCGGCCGAGGCGCUGGGUCGGUCGGAGUCUUUCGCUCGCUGCCUUGUCCCCCCCUUGCCAUGGACGUGAAGCGUUUGAAGGUGACUGAGCUGCGCGCUGAGCUGGGUCGCCGUGGUCUCGACUCCCGUGGGCUGAAGGUGGAGCUUGCCCAGCGGCUACAGGAGGCCCUGGACGCCGAGAUGCUGGCGGCCGGGCCCGAGGAGGGCGGCGCUGCUGGGGCCUGCUCUGGGGUGGAGCCGGGGCCUGCGGGGGGCCCGGUCGGAGCCCAUCCGCGUGGGGAGGGCGACGACGACGAGGACGAAGAGGAGGAGGAGGAAGAAGAAGAAGAGGAGGAGGACGAGGAGGCGCUGUUGGCUGACGAGGAGUCUACGCCGGCCUUGGGCGGGGAGGCCCAGCCUCAGCCCGGGCCCCAGGAAGAGGCGGCCCAAGCCCAGGCGCAGUCCCAGCCCGAGGGGAGCGACGGGGGCGGCAUGAAUGGAGCCGAGCAGCCGCAGGAGGAGGGGCCCAGCGGGGACGAGGCGGCGGCGGCCGAGGCUGAGAGCAAAGAGGGGGGCGAGGAGCCCGCGGACGAAGAGGAUGAAGAUAAAUCAAAGCCAACAGGCUCAGAUGGAGAGCGGCGAGGGGUUAAGAGACAACGUGAAGAAAAAGAAGAACAUGGCCGUGCUUAUUAUGAAUUCCGAGAGGAGGCUUACAAUAGCCGGUCUAAGUCUCCACCACCACCAGAAGAGGAACCGAGAGAGGAAGAUGAUGAAACUGUUGUGAUCCUGGACACAUAUACAUCUGAUCUCCACUUCAAAGCAAGCAAGGACCGCUAUGGAGGACAACCUCUCUUCUCAGAGAAGUUCCCCUCCCUUUGGUCUGGGGCAAGGAGCACCCAUGGAGUGACAAAGGGGAAAGUCUGCUUUGAGGCAAAGGUAACACAGAAUCUCCCAGUGAAGGAAGGCAGUACGGAGGUCCCGCUUCUUCGGGUUGGAUGGUCUGUGGAUUUCUCUCGUUCCCAGCUAGGUGAGGAUGAGUUUUCUUAUGGCUAUGAUGGACGAGGGUUGAAGGCUGAAAAUGGGCAGUUUGAAGAGUUUGGUCAGCCCUUUGGGGAGAAUGAUGUGAUUAGUUGCUUUGCGAACUUUGAGAGUGAAGAGGUGGAGCUGUCCUUCUCCAAGAAUGGGGAGGAACUGGGAGUGGCCUUCCGGAUCAGUAAAGAAUCUCUCGCUGACAGAGCCCUCCUGCCACACGUGCUGUGCAAAAACUGUGUGGUUGAAUUGAACUUCGGUCAGAAGGAGGAGCCCUUCUUCCCAAUUCCUGAGGAAUAUGUGUUCAUCCACGCCAUCCCGGUUGAGGACCGAGUGCGCACACCUCUUCCGCCCAAAACUACAGAGGAGUGUGAGGUACUGCUGAUGGUUGGACUGCCAGGGUCUGGGAAGACCCAGUGGGCACAGAAGUACACCCAGGAAAAUCAAGAGAAACGAUACAACAUCUUGGGAACAGAGACUGUUCUCUACCAGAUGAGGACAAAGGGCCUUGAGGAUGAAGAGAUGGAUCCCAAGAGCCGAGACCUGUUAAUCCAGCAAGCUGCCCAGUGCCUUAGCAAGCUGGUCCAGAUUGCUCCCAGGGCAAAGAGAAACUACAUUCUUGAUCAGUGUAAUGUGUAUAACUCCGGCCAGCGACGGAAGCUGCUUGCCUUCAAGGGUUUCUCUCGCAAGGUGGUUGUGAUUGUCCCCAAUGAGGAAGACUGGAAGAAGAGGCUGGAGCUGAGGAAGGAGGUUGAGGGGGAGGAUGUGCCUGAAUCGGUGAUGCUGGAAAUGAAAGCUAACUUCUCACUUCCGGAGAAGAGUGAUUACUUAGAUGAGGUGAUGUAUGAAGAGCUGGUGAAGGAGGAGGCCCAGCCACUGGUCACCAAAUACAAGGAGGAGGCCAGAAAACUGCUCCCUCCAUCUGAGAAACGGGCAAACCGUCGCAAUAAUCGCAACAAGCGCAACCGUCAGAACCGCAACCGUGGCCAGGGAUAUGUUGGUGGACAGCGCCGAGGUUAUGACAAUCGAUCUUAUGGACAGCAGCAGUACUGGGGGCAGCCUGGAAACAGAGGAGGUUACCGUAACUUCUAUGACCGGUACAGAGGGGACUAUGAUCGAUUCUACGGACGCGAGUAUGAUUACAACAGAUACCGAGAUUACUACAGGCAGUACAACCGGGAGUGGCAGAACUACUACCAAGACAGAGACCGAUACUACAGGAACUACUACGGAUACCAAGGAUAUCGGUGAAAUCCCAGCCGUCUUCACCCUUCAGCCAAGAAGCUGAAUCUGCGGAGGUGUCUGCCACUUCCCAAAACACAACCAAUGGAAACAGGGCUGUUGGGGGGAGAGCGGCGGCGGGGGGAGGGGUGGGAGGAGGAAAAAAACUGUAAAUUUUUUUUUAAAAAGUUUGUUGAAAAGAAUAUUGUCUUAUUCUAUAAAACAUUUCAAACCUAGUUAGAUAUUUGUAAUCAAAAUGUUUGCGCAGAGAGUGCAGCACUUAGCGCUGCCUGGCCUGUACCCUGUGAUUGGGCAGGAAAACCACGUACCCUUUAACAACUUUCUAGAGCAGCUGGACUGGCAGCCGGGCAGGGAGGUGCAGGGGUUUGCAAGACGCGCUCAGUGAUGGGAACUGAACAUGUAAGAACCUGGAGGUACAGAUGAGUGAGAAUAGAGGGGCCAGCAUCCCCUGGGGGCAGAGGGAGGGUUGGGAGGGCAGGCAAUAUUAAUUAUUGACUGAUCAUUCACUUGCAAAACUAAUUUCCUUCCAGAUUAUCAUUUGCUGAUCUAGCUUUGGGGUGAUGUGUGGGGCUCUGCCCACAGUGAUUCUGGAGUCUAGUGCUCUUCAAUGACUGGUGGAGAAGGGAUCGUUUCCACCUUGGAAAAUCUGGCAGAGUUCCACGUUCCUGUUGUUGUCUCGUCUGGCAGUGCUGUGCUGGCUGGAUGUAACGUAUCCCUGGCCAAAGGCUGUGCUUUUUAGCCGAGCAAUUUGCUUCACCCCCCUGGCUAUUAAAUUUCCCUGAAAGCUUG